AUGUCGGCGCGUGUAUCGGCGGAGAUCGCCAAAGACUGCUCGUGGAAUGCACACUUGUCCAAGGUAGCGGAAAAGGGCAAAGCACGAGCACGGAAGCUGCACCCAAUACUCGCAAACCGGCACCUCAAUACACGCAUCAAAUUGACGGUUUUGAAGAGCGUAAUCGUACCGCCGUUAGAAUACCCCGGAGAAGUAUGGGAAGGAAAUAUGAAGGUAGUGAAAGAACUCGAGGCGGCGCAGAUGGAAGCAGCGAAAAUCAUCCUACGAUGCUCCAAGCGCACAAGUAAUGCAGCCGUCAGGGCAGAAUUGGGGAUCCAAUCCCUACGGUCGCGAAGAGACGCGAGAAAGCUGACAUGGCAGUAUCGCAUGUGCGGGAUGGGAGAGGAGAGGUUGCCGAGGAUUGUAUGGGAGGCGANGGAUAAGGAGGGUCUAGAAGUGUACGGAAUGUUGAAGGAAGGAAUAGGGCCCAAGGAUUACCUAAAUGGGCCAAUGGAUGCAGGAACAAAGCUUAAGGUCAAAUUCAGGACCGGGGACAUAGGCCUUCGAGAAUGUCGACGAAGACAUAGGACGGUAGACAACGAAGACGACGAGUUCAAAUGUGAUUGCGGCUUCGAAUGCGAAGACCGUGUUCAUGUAGUCGCGGAAUGUCCGUUGUACAAGAAGGAGAGGGAAGUGUACGUGACUGAGCUGGGAAAAAUAGAUGGAACGUACAGGGAGAUGUUUGAGGCAUGGAAUAGAGAGGAAAGGACGGUAGCUGUACUGGGGCAUAGGAGGUGGGUUGAAAAGGCGGGAAGGGAUAUCGUUAGGAUAGACAGACUAGGGAAGACAUUUUUGAGCCACCUUUGGCAAAGUAGAAAGGAACGAUUGGCCAUCCGUGAUCGGUCCUGUGGGAACAAUGCUCCGUCCUCUCGAGCACGCGUGGUCAAUGAUCUAACCGCGAAGGCAUGCAAAACAGAAGAGUACGUCCCCUCCCUACCCAACCUUCCCCCUCUGUGCGAAGCAUCAUCCAUCGACCCUUACUCUGCAUGCAUGUGGUAA